ACGGAAUUUAUGUUUAAACUAAACGCUGCUACGAUGAAAAAGCGAGCAACGCGGCGGGAGGCAUUGUAAAGGAGGCAUUGACAUAAACAAACACACGUGCUUCCGAAAUGUCGAGCCGUGGCGACGAAUGUUUGAACGGCAGCCUAAAGAAAUCCGGCAGCAAAUGCUCGAAAGAGCUUUUGAGAAGCGAAAUUAUCACACGUGAAGAUCAUAUUCGCUCCCUCGUUCAGUCCAAAGGGCCGCCGAAAACUUUUCAAGUGAGAAGCUCGGCCCUGGCACAGGCAAGGUCCUUCCUUCCGAAGCUGGUCGAGGCUGAGAGGACAAGGCUGGCCGCUGGCUGCGAUGAUGGUGCGAGCAUCGAGGCAGAAGACACUGCCAGCGAGGGACCCUUUAUUGAGAUGAACUUUGCCCUCGCUGGACCAGUGUCCAGCAGCGAGAGCUCCUCAGACUCGGAGGUUGAGGAGUUUGACUCUGAAGUGGAGGAAGCCAGCCCAACCAUUCAAGUGAGGCCCACCCGUAGAGCAGUCCGUCGAGGCCCAGCCACCCUCAUCAAGGAACUCCCACAGGUGGACAGUCAGCCACAGGCCGAUCGUUCGUAGAUGUCUGUCCUCCAACGCUGGGCCUUGCGUUCUCUCUCAGCUGACACUUGCGGUGCUUUUUGAAAGCCUGCAAUGGAGGCGGAUUAUGCAGAAGGCUUGUGAAUGGCGCUCUGUAAAUGUCCACAUCUGGUCGGUACGUUUCAGUUACUGUAUUGACUCCAAACUCUGAACAACAAAUUACAGAAAGGGAGUAUAGAUGUAUUUUUGAAUUAUCAGCAAAAAAGCCAUGCCUGAAACUUGGCAACGAAACCUCCCACGAAGAAAGCAAUGAUCCGAGCUUAGCUGUUUUGAGCUGUUGCUACAAUUGUACAUCAGUGUGUACAGUCUUAACAUUAGAUGGGGUUGACCAUCUUGGGCUACAAGUCUAUGCUGUAGUUUGAUGUGUACACAAAUGUGUUAACUCCUGAUAGUUCUUUGUUGAAGACUUUUCCCAUAUUUUUUGUGCGUUAUAGCUGCACCCCAAAAUUUUUCACAUAUUUUUUGAAAGAAAGAUUGUGUUUAUUAUGUGAGCAGUUUUUCUUACGGUGAGGCAGGCACAAAUCAUUUAGCUUGCGCAAAAGAUGAGAAAGAGUUAAAUGAAUAAUUUGCUUCAGCAAGAAAAGGUAGCUAUGGAGUAUGUUAAAAAGGUGCCAAGGAACAUAGCGUUGUAAGUUAAAACACCAGACUUUUUGAAAUCCCAUCUCCCAAAUGUUUGACCUGAUUGAGGUUUGGGACACAAUAUGCACUUGUUAUCCGCAUGUUGUGUUCUAAAAACUUUGCCACAUUUUUUUAUUGUGGGUUAGGUAGUGAAAACUUGACAAAAAAGAACAUGGCAAGGUCGCUGACUUGCCAUGGCAAAAAUUAGUGACUAGCUGUAAAUGGAUGUUUUUUGCAGUCAUUGCUACUUGUUGAAUUAUGUUUGACCUAGAAUGUGUAACAAAAACCUUUUGUAUUAGCUUUAGGGUGUCACAGUCUCUAUGUUUUUUCACUUCAAGCCUGUUGAGAUAGUAUUUUGUCACAGAAACUAAAUUGAACCCCAUCUCUCAACAGUUUGAAUUCGCAUUGUUGCGUUGCGUUUUCUCUGAAUAGUGGAAGCAUCCACCAUUGUUCCAGUGACUUCGAAGUUUUGCCCACUCGUGCUAGUCCUCAGUUUCUCUCUUUAUUGUUGUGGUGUUGUAGCAAAACCAGCUGUCACACAAAGGUUAUUGAUGUGUUCCAGCAUAAGUGAUAUCUGGGCACGUAUCUGUUGCUUUGAAAAUCUGCUGUGCUGCAAUUGUUCUGGCUUGCUGCCUUGCUUGAAAGCUGUUAUUAUUUUGCUGGAACUUUUAUUUGUGAACAACUUUAAAUAUGCAGUGGAAUUUUGGUGAUAUGAAUCUGACAGGGUCAUGAAAAAUAUUUGUAUCAUUGAAAACAUUGAAAACUAGCAAGCUAAAUUAACUAAAUUCACAGUGACAAGUUUUUUUACUUAGAAAAGUAAAAAGCACAAUGAUAAAAAGGUAUUUUAUUAGCUGCGGGAGAAAUCCCUGAUGGUCUUCUGUUUCUUUUUCGUCAGACUUUUUCAAAUUCAUUAAAACCUGUGCAUGUGUCGUUGCUGAACUCAUCUGUGGCCAUAGCACGCCCGAGGAUGUUGAGGGCAUGCGGCGUUACAGCUGCUGGUGAUGGCUGCUCGUCGUUGCCCCCACGAUUUUCACCGCCUUCGUCAUCACUGGAAUUUGUAGCCUCGGAUGCGGCCUUGUUGAGAAAUUCUUCAACUGUGCAUGCACCGCAUGUGGCAAGGUUGCAGUCUGCGGUAAUAAAAUCAUGCAUGGAGCACCCGGCAUCAAGCUCGUACCAGCCCUCGGUUUCCGGGUCCUCCGGCUCUGGGGGCACCUCUGUAGGAUUCUUGAGGAAGAUGCACUUACUGAAGAAGUUGCCUACUGUAACUGGCGUGACUCGGUCCCAAGCCAUGGCUAUAAAGCGAAUAGCAUCCACCAGUAUUCGCAAGUCUCCGUUCUUGCAAUCGGUUUUGGUGAGAAGGCGGUGCACAGGAGGUCCUUUAAAGUAACACUUCGGAUUCCUUAUGACUCCAGCGUCAAGUAGUUGUAGGUGCGUGAUCCUGUUGGCAGGCAAAAAUACAAGCUGGACGUUCUGAAGUGUCUCUUGCCUCUAGUGUAUGGUACACUGAUCAAGAAUCAAGAUGAUUUUCCUGUUUCUGCUUCCCAUCCUUCUGUCAAGGAGAGAGACAAACUCUUCGAACAGGGUUGUUGUGAUCCAUGCCUUUUUGUUGAUGCAACAGAAGCAAGGCAGAUGACCCUCCUGCUUCAAACACUGGUGCUUCUGUGACUUCCUCACCACCAUCAGUUAAGUUUUUUAGACCCAUCGGCAUUGCUACAAAAGAGAUUCAAUUCUUGCUUUUUCCCUCCUUGUCAUGCUUCGCCCUUUAAUGCACAGGCUCUUCUCUGGCUGAAGGUUGGAAAGCAGACCUGCCUCAUGUGCGUUGAAGACAUCACACCAUGAUGAGUGACUGCAGUGUAGUUGAGAGGCAUUCGUUCAUGGCUGACUUGUCGACCUUUUUUCCUUUGCCAAAGAUGCUUUUGUACACGAGACCGUGCUUCAUUUUGAAACGGUGCAGCCAGCCGCCAGAAGCCUGAAAUCCAUCAAUGCAUGAAGUAAGCACAAUCUUGUCGGUUUUCUCUCUUAAAACCUUGCUCUUGAUAUUUGUGUUGGAUGCAGUAACUUCCUUAAACCACGUUAGCAGAUUGGUAGAGCUUCCUCUAGCUCAACAUCGUGGGCCGUCUUCACCUCCUUAGCGUUGACAUUGAAGGGAACCAUUCUUCAUGUUGCUCAUGUUGCCCAACAAUGGUGCUCAACGUCGACAUUCUGAAGCCUAGCUCCUUCGUCAACUUGCUCCGUUCUUUUACUUCUGGGCGUCAUCCACCUUUCGCCGGAUGCCCAGUCUUUCUUUAAAAGAAAGAGCUCUCCGCUUGUAAGACAUAGCUUACUGCAAUGCAGCAAACAGGCGUGAACUGAGAACAAGAGCGUGGCUUUGAAUGCAGCAGCAGCAGAGACAACUUUGGGGCCCAAAAAGAUGCACACAAAAGUGUCACCCUCCCCGACUGGCAGGCUGCAGCCUUCUGCGCCAGUGCCAUCUGUACCCUCUCAGCAAAGGCACACAAAGGCGCAGCAGGGCCACUGAGAUUGUGCAUGCUUAAACUGCUGUGUGCGCACCCUCUCAGAGGCUAUAUAAAGCGCUGCUGCUGGGUUGCGCUAGCAACUUGCCAAGCUGGUGGUGCAUGACUGCGUGCUGUUCUGUUCUGCGGCCAGACGUGGGGCGGUCUGUGGGGCGGCGUCUGUUCGUAUAAGGCACUGUGGGGUGAAAAUCCGUUCGCAACAACCAUAUUCUAGCAUAUUGUAGGCUAAUGGACCUUAGCCAGUGCCACUGAAAAAUUCAUAUCUCUCCAAAAUUUGUAGGAGCCAUGAUCGUAUCACCGAAAUUCUACUGUAUUGAAAUUAAAGCUAAUUUUGGGUCAGAUGCUUCUGUCUGAAGCUUUUAUCAUAAUUUAUAGCUACGAAAUACACUUUGUAUUUGAUUUGA